AUGCCCAGAUCAACGUCCAGCUUGUCUGUUUUUGCGUUGGAAAUAUUGCCCUUGUCGAGCGCGUUGAACAGAUACAUUACCGUGAUGAGCGGCAGGAUCCUGAUAUCGAGCUUCCAGCAGAUACGACGCUCGAGCUUGUGGUCGAGCACGCGCACCGGCUCGCCGGGGACGUGUUCUUUGUCGUCUGUGACGCGCUGUUCAAGGGACACAACGUCGACAUUCGGCAGACAACAGCACCCGAGCCUAUCUGGGCUUCUCGCAGAACAUAGCCAGAGACUUGCGUGGGGGAGGGGGAGGUCCAUAUCGCCGGCCCGCCACUAUUUUUUAUUUUUGCCAGUGGUGCACCACCAGAUGCAGCAAGCCCCAAGGAAAAGAGGCCCUCGAAAAUUGGGGCUCUACGUGUGCGACUUCCCCGGCUGUGGUAAGCAGUUUUCGCGGUCUGACCACGCGAAACGGCACGCGCGCAACCACACUGGCGAGAGCCAUUUCCAUUGCGAGGUCCCCGGAUGCACGGCAGAGUUUACACGGCUCGACAUCAAGACAAAACACCAGAACCGGCACUUUCGUCGGCUCGAUCGCGAGAGCGAACUGCCAGAAGCCGUCUCCGGCGACGCUGACGGCACACAGCGCAAAAGCUCGUCCCCCGCUGGGCAAACGGGGCCAGAUGAAAGGUCAGACACCAGUAAAGAUGCGAUAUCGCAGCCUACACCGCAGACCGGGCCUUUUGCCACCAACGUGGGGGACCCUGCGCUUGUGUCGCCGUCAUUCUCGCCGUCCCGCCUGAUACGGUGGAUGAUGCACGAUCUAGCAGAGGUGUCGCCCAGCCACGCCGACCACCAGACCUCUCAGGGCCCGUUGUUUGCCGACUACCACCAGCUCGGCGCAGACACCGCCACGAUGCUCAACGAGGUGCUCGCAAUCACGCCCGAGUUCCCCAACGCCAACUACCAGACCGACGUCGACGAAAACAUCCUGCUGCACAUGUCGCAGCGGCUUCCAACGCUCGAAGGACACCCGGACUUUGAGGUCUCCAAGGUGCGCUUGUUUCUGAAACUGUACUGGAAAAUGUACCAUUCGCAGUACCCCAUUCUACACAGACCGUCGUUCUCCACGUUCCAGGUUCAUCCGCUGCUUCUGCUGGCCAUGGUGAUGAUCGGGGCCUCGUUUGCGAAAAAAUGCCCGAUUCCAGAAGACGUGCAGCUCAGCGAUCCUGACGGCCUGGCGGACCUGGUUGCGUACCCGCUGCGGUGGCUGAUUUUCUCGUGCGACGAGGCCAAGCCUGGCUGCAACUCGUGGGUGAUCCAGAGCCUGCUGAUGCUCGAGACGUACGAGAUCACAAAGACGUCGCGCCGGCUGCACGAGCGAGCAUGCAUUUAUAACGGCACCAAGAUCCAGCUUUUGCGCAGAAGCCCGAUCCUGGGCGGCGACCCACUUAAGGGCGGCAGCGCUGACCCGAGUCACUCGAACAGCCUGUGGACGACGUGGAUCGAGAGCGAGUCGAUGAAACGCGCUGCGUGGAUGUCUUUCUACAUCGACACCAUCCACGCAGUGGUUUACGGCCACCCGGUCAGCAUCUACGACAGCCAAAUAAAGCUCUCGCUGCCAUGUCCGGACGAUUUGUGGGAGUACGACAACUUCGACAGGAAUAACGCGCCGGCCUCUGUGAUGCAGAUGCCGAUUUUCACCGACGCUCUCACGCGGCUGCUCCGCAAUAAGCCAGUCCAGACAGGGCCGUUUGGCCGCAAAAUCCUGCUCGCGGGCCUGCUCAACCUCAACAUCCAGAUGAGCCAGAAAGAGUCGCAGCUGACGCUGCUGGGCUGGGAUUCCAAGCGAGAGAACUGGAAAUCCAGCAUUGCGUCGGCUUUGGACCACUGGAGAGUGCAGUUGCCGCAGCGAAGCUGCUUCCACGCAGGCUCGUGUCUCUACCACGCAGACAGCGGGCCGGAGCUGUUGCCGCCCUCUUUCAACGCCCACGAUACUAGGUGCAAAUUUCCCGAGUACCACUCAGCACAGACACAUCUCUGGAUCACCCACUACGACUACAUAGUUUACGCGGGGGCGCCAAAACGGAUGAACGUUCCGGUCUUGACGGAGGAUUACAACGUGGUGGUGCGGCGGAUUGCCAAGUGGGCUCAGUCCAGUGCGGGCGCAAUCUGCACCAUCAACUCGUACAUCCUGCUCUUCGAAAUGCUACUCUCGCCAGAAAGUAGCACUGACCAGGUGAAUUACGUCUACGACGCAGACAAGGACCCGUUUAUCUACCGGCCGAACGUGAUUGUGUCGGCGACGUUGUCGUUGUGGGCGUUUACGUUUUUCAACUACGGCCCAGAGUCGCAGUUCAUGUCGCCCGAGUCCAGAAUCGAGCUAGACGGGGACUUUGCCCCAGCGAUGGAGGACGCAUACGCUUAUUUGCGGCGGAUUCGCACAGAGCUUGCCAAGGAAACUGGGAUUCCGUUCAGAAAACUCAGCCAGAUGGACCCGGACCAGUACAAAAAAGCGGUGGCCGAGUACGCUGCAGCUCUGUCUCGAGUCUCGCACACCAAUAACAUGGUGGGGCUGCUGCUCGCGCUGGCCGCUGGCUACCGGAAUGGCAAGUGGGAAAUUGGCCGUGAGUACGCGAAACUUCUCCGCAACUGCGCCCAAAGAAGCAUGGGCAGCCCGGUGGUGUUCUGUACGAAUAUGUACGAAGAUAAUUAA